GGCAAAUGGAAACUGCAACCUAAUUCGACGUGUUGAAUGUGCGCCUUUCGUUUUAAGACGGCGAUCAAGCGCUCGCUCGAGUUAACGCCUACCGUCGCCUCCUCCUCGUCGACAGCGUCUCCCAAACAAUAGGCGCGGUGACGUCACCCCGCGCGUGCUGCGUCGCUGACGCCAACGCCGGUGGGGAAAAUCUAAGAUGGCGGCGGCGGCGGUGGCAAUGGGUUUCUCGCGGAGGCGGGAAGAAAAAGCACAGCCGGGUGGUGCGAUGUUCCAAAUGCAGGUGAGGAAUGGAGUGGUCGGCGUUCCUGGUGAUGGUUUAGCAUCGGUUGUGUGUGUUGGGUCCUCUAGUGUUGCGUUGAUGUUAGUUAGGCAGAGACAUCUUCCAUUCAGCUUGGUUGGAAGUCCCCAGCGAUGAUGAGGAAGGCGUCGGUCCACACAGUUUUGUGCUUGUUGAUCGCAGCACUCUGUUCCCCAAGUGUGGGCUUGACGUCUGCCUGAGGCAGGAUGUAGACUGCAUUCAGUAGAUGCGGCAAACUCCUUCAGUCGCUUGGUCCGCACUUGCCUUCAGAUGUUCCAGGUCAGGGGAACAGGAAUGGAACAAGACUGUCAUCUGAGCAUCACAAUGAGUGUAUUGUGAAGCAGAUGCCAACCUUCACUCCAUGCGGGUUGGAGCGCCGUAUCAGGAGUGUUGGACGUGAGCCAUGUCUCUAUGAGUCUCUAUCAGUUCCUUAUGUCCCUCUGAUACAGCAGGCUUGCUUCUAGGUUUGGUUUAGUUUAGAGAUACAGCGCGGAAACAGACCCUUCGGUCACCGAGUGCACACCAACCAGUACACUAGCACUAUCCUGCACACACUAGGGACAUUUUACAAUUUUAUUGCCAAUCAGCCUACAAACCUCUAGGUCUUUGGGAGGAAACCGGAGCUCUCGGAGAAAACCCACGCAGGUCACAAGGAGAAAGUACAAACUCCGUAGUGACAGCAUCCAUAGUCAGGAUUGUACCCGGGUCUCUGGCGGUGCAAGGUUGCAACUCUACCGCUGCGCCACCGUGCCGCCCCAAAGGGCUUCUACCUUAUUCUCCAGUGACUGCAUUAGCCCGUAGGAUUCUGGGGUUGACGGGACUACUCCAGGUGAGGUCCCAUGUACUGACACGCCUGCAUUCUUAACCCCUCCCUCUGUAUUAAAGGCCAUCGCACCCCCUUGCCCUGGGGGUGACCCCGUGCUGAUCUGCUGAGUUGCGGGUACUGGGGGGAUCCCACAUCUCUCCACACUCAGCGUUCUGCAUCCUCUCUCCGUUUACACAACGCCUUGCGUCUCCACUAAAGUGAAAAACCUCGCAUCCCCCCAACAAAUACACGCAGUCGUUUCAUAUCCGUAACAUUACCUUUUUCCUGCAGUUGAUCAGCAUUUUGAUGGGAAAGAAAAGAAUUUCACUCAUCACCCUCUAAACAAUCAUUGAUACUGUCUGUUGCUUCCUUCAGCCUCACCGUGAUGAGAGAUGCCUCAGCCCUCUUCCCUCCGCACCCCUUACCCUGCCCCCCUCGGCUCCGCUCCCCUGACCCCCAAGCCCAGCCGUCGGCCGCUGCUGAUCUCGGUGGGUACGGAGCGGGUGGGGCCACGUUCGGUGGGGACCAGCCACACCUCGCCGGGCGGGCGGCUGUCUGUCAUGACCCCGGCCAAGCCUCGGCCUCUGCCACCGGGACCGGGGCCCCUGGACGAGCGGGGCAGGAAGCUGGAGGCCAAAGCCCGGGGGCAGCCCCACACGGCCCAGCCCUCCACCAGACGUGGCCCCCUGCGUGCUGACCACUCGCUGGGGCUGAGGCUCUCUCAGCCUCCCACUGCCCCUGCCCCACCUUCCUCCUCCUCCUCCUCCUCAUCCUCCUCCUCCAGCCCGCCCUCGCCCGCCUCCUCGCCUCCAGCCCAGCAGAAGCCAGGCCGUGUCCGGGGGUCCCGGGGAGCCCCCCUGAGCCGCUGCUCUCAGCUGCGGGACCCACGGGAGGUGCAGGAGUGCCUGCAGAAGCUGCCCAGCACGGAGCCGCGGCGCUCGCCCUCGCUGGGACGGCUGGAGGGCCGGGACCGGCCCCCCAUUCUCCGCCGCAGCUCCUCGCUGCGGGGACUGCCCCAGGACCCGGAUGCCAGGCCACCCGGCGCGGGAGGGGCGAGUGGGACGUUUCGCUCCGGCCAGCUGGACACCCUGCCCGGGACCUCCCGCACCACGAACGGCUCCCGACCAACAGCCCGCAGCGGGCACCGCCUCGCCCCCGAGCAGCAACGGACGUCCAAGAGGGACUCCAUCUUGCCCAUUGGCAACGGUCAAAUUGGGCUCAGGAAUCUCGGAAAUACGUGUUUCAUGAACGCUAUUCUCCAGUGUCUGAGCAACACCAGGGAUCUGCAGGAGUACUGCAUCCGGAAAGAAUACCUGCUGGAUGCUAAUGGAUCGGGAAAGAAACACUGCGAGCUGAUGGAUGCCUUUGCUGAACUGGUGGUUGCUCUGUGGGAUCCCGCCAGCUCUGGUUCUGUCUCCCCACUCCGCUUUCUUCAGACGUUCCAGAGGUUUGUUCCACAUUUCAUGGGCUACAGUCAGCAGGAUGCUCAGGAGUUCCUCCGCUUCCUCAUGGACUGGCUCCACAUGGAGAUCAACCGGAAAUCCCGCAAAUCUCCCAGCAUCAUGUCGGUGUCGGGGAUCCGAGGCUCCACCGGAGGCAUGGAGCGAAUGCGUGACGACGAAAAAUCAAUCCAGAUGUGGAAACGAUACUUGGAGCGGGAUGACAGCAAAAUCGUAGAUCUCUUUGUGGGUCAGCUGAACAGCACGCUCAGGUGUACCUUGUGUGGCCACAAGUCCAGCACCUUCGACGUGUUCUGUGACCUCUCACUGCCUAUCCCAAAGGCAUCAGUGUCCAGCCGGGUGUCGCUGGCCGAGUGCCUCAACCUCUUCACUGCAGAGGAGGAGCUGGACACGGAGAACGCUCCGAUGUGCGAGAGGUGUAACCAGAGGAAGAGAAGCACAAAGAAGUUAACUAUCCAGAGAUUCCCCAAGAUUCUCGUUCUACACCUGAAUCGUUUUGCUUUCAGUCGCUAUGCGAUUAGGAAAUGCACCACCUUUGUGGACUUCCCGUUGUACGGGCUGAGUUUACGACACUACUCUGCAGAGAGAGCUGGUAACGGCGUGUACGACCUCUAUGCGGUCUGUAACCACACUGGCACUGUAAACGGAGGGCAUUACACGGCCUACUGCAAGUCCAUGGGCAAGUGGCACGUCUACAACGACUCCAGGGUGUCGCUAAUACAGGACAACCAAGUUGUAUCGAGUGAGGCCUACCUGCUGUUCUACGAGCUGGAGCAGGGUGUGGGGUCGCGGUGAGGUGGUG